AUGACUACACCAUUACACGUUAUAAAACUUACCCUCUGUAAUAAUUUAAAAAGGGAACCUUAUCACUUUAAUAAAUUAUGCUCAAAACGGUUCUUUAGCUUAUUGAGAAAAAACGGUCUGAAGACUAUUGGCAAUACCGUUCAUCACAAAUACCAGCAAAAGCGAUGUAUUCAUGCAACAGCACCUACUUCAGCACCAAAAAGGGAUCCUUACGAAGUGCUAGGAGUUAAAAAAACUGCGUCGGCCAGCGAAAUUAAAAAGGCCUAUUAUGGACUCGCUAAAAAAUACCACCCAGAUACAAAUAAGGAUAAAGAUGCACGGGAAAAGUUUGUACAAAUUCAAGAAGCAUAUGAAAUACUAUCUGACGAUCAGAAACGACAGCAAUACGACCAAUUCGGGCAUGGAUUUGAUCCGAGUGGUGGCAUGGGAGGGGCUGGAGGAAACCCUUAUGGCGGUUUUGGUGGAGGCAGCAAUGGAUUUCCUGGUGGAUUUGAUCCAAAUGAUAUUUUCAAUCAGUUCUUCGGAGGUGGGUUUGGAGGAGCUGCAGCAGGAUCAGCAGCAGGUGGUAACCCAUUCCACCCAUCUCAAGGCGAGGAUAUACAAGUGCCGUUGACUCUAUCAUUCAUGGAAGCUGUGAAAGGCGCUACAAAAUUUGUGCAGAUUAACAAAGUUACCAACUGCAGCUCAUGUCGAGGUACAGGAUUGGGCGCAGGUAAGAAGCGAGCUACUUGUGGCGUGUGUCAUGGUACCGGUGUGCAAACUAUCAGCAUGGGAGGAUUCCAUAUGCAAACGACCUGCCGUUCGUGUGGAGGUGUAGGAUCUUCUAUUCCGCCCGGCGCUGGCUGUCAUACAUGUAAUAGUAUGGGAAAAGUCAAAGAACGUAAAACCGUCCAGGUUAAAGUGCCACCAGGUGUUGAUCAUAAUUCACGCAUUCGCAUAUCUGGCGAAGGGGAUGCUCCCAUCGAGGGACAAGGGCCAAAUGGGGAUUUGUUUGUGGUUCUCAAUGUGCAAGCUUCGAACAUAUUCCGUCGACAGGAUGCUGACAUUUUUGUGGAUGCCAGAGUUCCUUUCUAUAAGGCAAUGUUGGGUGGACGUGUCCGUAUUCCUACCAUCGACGGCGAUGUGGAUGUUAAGAUACCCUCCGGAGCUCAACCUGGCGAUAAUAUCGCUUUGAGAGGACGCGGUAUUCAGAAAUUACACAGCCACGUACGUGGAGACCAGAUUGUUACGCUUAAAGUGGAAUUCCCUCGAUCCUUGAGAGGUAGACAAAAGGAAAUCAUUCAGGAAUACGCGGCUCUAGUCGAUGAAGAGUAUCGACCAAAACAAGAACAGAAACCUAUCGUUAAACAACCUGAUACACCACCGCCUUCUCCUAAGACAACCAAUCACGCCACUACAGCAAAAGAUUCCUCAACAACAGAUAGAACACAGAAUGAUAACAAUAAUAGCAGUAAAAAACGUACUGACAACUCAAGUAAAAAAGAUGGCGGCUUUUUUAAAAAUGCUUUUGGUAAAAUUAAAGAGAAGAUUUGCAAUGAAGAUGAGAAUGAGAGUGACAAGGGCAAUAGAAAGGCGGCCGAUGAUGAUACUACUGCUUCGAAUAAAAAAGAAUAG